GCUCCCCGAGGUCAUACAGCAGAAGAGGGAGGACCAGGCGAAGCGGCUCGACCAUUUUCUCCGCAAAGUCCGGCCUCAAAAGCAGCCCGAGUCGCCUCUCAUCGCUGCAGCCCAAAGACGGCUUGAGAGGCUGAAGGAGCCACUUCCCGCCCAAGACUCAUCCAUCCCAGAGGGAGAUGAGGCACAGCAGGCAGAGGUUGCUGCCGGUGAUGACGAUGAAGUGCUCCUGCAGGCUGAGGCCCAAAACCCCGCAGCUGCGGUUCCUGAUGACGAUGAGGUGUUCUUGCAGACUGAGGUGGCGGCACAAUCUUCGAAGUGA